AUGCGGGCUAGAAUUCGGGUACCAAUACCGACAGUCCUCUAUCGGCCCCAAAUGCGGAUCUUUUCCUCGUCUCAACCUCUCAGUGCCCCAAACCAGGUAUUUUCUCCUGUUCGCCGACCUGAGGAUUUUCACACUUACCAGCUUUUGUCUUCCUCCUCGAGGACUCCUCUUUUGACUCUGUGGACUACCUCAUGGUGUUCUACAUGCCAUGUCGUAGCGCCACUCAUCAAAUCUGUCAUCGAAUCUGGUGUAGGCGAGGCUGAAGGUGGCGUUGGGUACUGCGAGGUCCAGUACGACGCCCCCGAUGUCAUGAGCAGCUCGCUUGGUAUGGACUUUAUGGUUACUUCUAUACCCACCCUCCUUAGCUUCGACGCCGGAGAGGCUCAAAUCCGCACCAAGGUAGCCGACGGAAGGAAGCUGACAGACCGAUCUUUCUUGGAAGAAUGGAUUCGAAAUGAGGCGAGGAGACACGGCGGUCGCGGUGGUGGGAGUGGCGGUCCAGGCAUUCUAGGCGGCCUGUUCGGUCCGUGGAAAUAA